AUGUCUCCGGCAGAGACUGACGAUGGUGAGGCAGCUGACGAGCCACCGAGUGUUUUGCCCGCGCGGACAGGCCUGGAUUUUCUGCGCGCGCUGCAUGCGAACCCUCCUGCUGUAGGCACUGCGGGCCCGUCUGCUUGCAGCAAUGAGAAAGAGCCUACUGCAACGCCGUCCGCUUUUGGCGCCAACGCGCCAGAAAGUGCUCCCGCCACAGUCAGCGUCACAGAGGUCGAUGAGUCAUCGUCUGCAGCCUCGAAGAAGCGCCGUCGCUUCGCGCAAGCCAUACUACCGUACGGCACGCCCCCUGCGAAACCGACGCCGCCACCCGCUCCUGUACAACCUCCGAAGCGUGCGUCCCGUGAACUCACCGACGUCGAGCAGGCUGAAGAGAAAUUUCUAAAGGCGCAGGAUCUAUACGGCACGCAAUGGCUCCCGAAGUUCAACUGGCUGCUGCUUGACAAGAACGAGGAGGGCCUGCCCAUUCUGCGGUGCAGCAUUUGCGUGGAGCAUGGGAAAGACGACGCGAAGUUCGGCCGGAACGGAACGGGGGGACGCGAUCUGCAGCUCGGAUCGAUGCGCUGUCACGAGCUGAGCGCACGCCACAAAGAAGCCAUGAACCGGCAGCGGACGCUCAUGGCCGAAAUCGAGAAGCAGAAGCGGAUCGACGAUUUUGCAAAUACCGACAAGGAGGGCGCGCGGCUUACACGUCUCAUGCGCGGCGUGGAGUUCAUUUGCGACCACGACGCGCCGAUCGCGAUGUUCCCCAAACUCAUUGGCUUCCUCGCAGAGGAGGGAGUCGAGGACAUCCCGCUCCAGUCCUAUGGCGUUCUUCCGUCCCUUGUGUAUUGCAGUGAAGCCUUGGUCGUCAAGGAUGCCGCGAAGGCUUACCCCGACCUCAACAUGAUCGAUGCUGCCGUGCGGGCUGUGGGGGAGAUCAUCCAACAUUUGGUGGACAUCACACAAGUGGCCAAAGAAGUCGACCACACGAUCACCAUCAUCACGCACCGGUACAUCCAGUACGGCGAGACAUUUGGCGGUGGGGUCAGCAAGCUGCUGUCGAAGUUCAUCAAAGAGCAUGGAGGUGACAACAGGACGGUGGUGGUUGAAGGGAUUGACGCGGAGGGGCGGCAGACAUCCCACAAGUUCGAGCUGAGCGAGACACCGAUCAAGAAACACAAAUUUGGGGGCACGCUUGCUGACUGUGAGAAGCUGUGCACAGGUUUCGCGAAGGAAGUCGUUGCGAGAAUGAAGUUCCGCAUGUGGGACUUGCAGCAGUUGGGCGGCACGAAGCUGUUCCAAGUUGAAUCGUGGCCUUCCAGAGACGAGCAGCGCGAUUUGAAGACACACGAGUGGCUUGCGGCUAACGAUGCGCUGUUUGGCGGAUUGCUUCCAGGUGAGCCAGGUGUUGACACGUGCAAUUGA